UACAAAAAGGAAAAUCCCAAUUGAAUCAACUGAAAAACAGAGAAGAAAAAGGUGUAAAAGAGAAACAGAAAUGGGACUCAAAAACAGAGCAGAGGAAGAGAACUGUUCAAUGAACGAAGCUCUGCUGUUUGCUACCGUCUGCAUCAUUGGUCUCCCAGUGGAUGUUCACUUGAAAGAUGGCUCUGUUUACUCUGGAAUCUUCCACACUGCUUCUGUUGAGGAGAAAUUAGGUAUUGUUUUGAAGAAAGCAAAAUUGACUAAAAAGGGAAGAUGUGCCACCAAUGUUGCAAAUGGCAGUGUAGUGGAGACACUUGUUAUCCUCGCUGGUGAUUUUGUUCAAGUUGUUGCUAAGGGAGUCCCGCUUCCUUCUGAUGAUUUUGCUGGAAAUACAGCUCAUGGUAAUGGAGAAGCUGCUUUUGAUAUUGUCCCUUCUUCUGCCAAUCCACUGAAUGGGGCCAACAAAUUCAAUAAGUCUACCAUGGAUAAAAGAAAAAAUAAUAGGAAAAGAAAUUCAGUCCAAAAUGAGAAUGGUUUUACACCUGCAAAAUAUGGAAAGGAACAUGAAGGAGAAAACUUGCGACCGAAUCCUAUGGGAAAUGCAAAGGAAGUUGCGUAUCAGAAAAGCAAUAGGACAAACAUUGAGGAGGGCAAAGAUGCUUUUGGUGCCACUGUUGCUGGGAGACAGGUUGGAGAUGAUAGCUUGCAGCUUUUGCAGGAUGAAUAUGACCAAAAGUUUGAGUUUCAUGUGGAAGACAGUGCUAAGGAAGUUAAACACUCAGUUUCCAGCUGUGAGUCUUCUGCACUUGAUACUCUUAAGCCAGUGGAUGCAUGCCUUACUCAAGUAAAACCUGUUGAGGGAGGACAAGCUGAGAUGACAAUUAAGCUAUUGCUUAAUGGAGCAACUCCUGAUGUACCGGUGGAUGGUAAACUUGAAAAUCAAUGCUGUGAAAGGCCCGCUGCAACAGACAUUUACCAAGAUGCUGUUUGUUCUGGAGUUUCAAUAUCUUCUAGUCCAGUUACAGCUGUUUCCUCAGAAUCAUGCCAGAGUAAAUUAGCUACACAAGCUGCCAUAGUCUCUUCACAAAGUUUAGAAUCAAACAAAAACUCCAAGGAAUUUAAGCUCAAUCCAGGAGCAAAAAUUUUCUCUCCAUCUUUUGCAAGUGCCAUAUCAGCAGCUUCUCCUAUAGUACCAACAGUAGCAAAUGUGUCUUAUGUACCAGGCAACUCUCCUAUGGUAGCUGUCGUUGGUUCUGAGCCAGAGGUUGGGAUUGGCUCUUUUGCACCUCGUUCAUCCACUCCUUCUAAGUUUGUCUCUUAUGGUAACAUUACUGCUGCAAAUGGUGUCAGUGGUUCUCAAUUUUCUCAGCCUAUUGUUGGGCAUAUGGGGAGCAGAACACAGCCACUUAGAUAUGCCGGUCAAUAUCAUCCACUUCAGGCUGUACCAGCAUCUUUGAAUCCAAACUCUCAAGCUGUUAUGCUUGGACGAUUGGGACAGCUUAUUUAUGUGCCUGUUUCUCAUGAUUCAGUUCAGGGUGCAGCACCUAUAUCGUCGGUACCUGCAUGUCCUCCAUUGACACCGCAUCAUGUCCAAUUUCCAAAGCACCAAGGAAGUGCACCAGGCCAAGCAUUGCAGCUUUGUCUACCUCAACCUUUCAUGGCAGGAGGACAGCAACCAUUGGGAGUGCCAAGCCACAUUCCAUUUUUGCAGCCUCCCUUCCCUGCUAAUCGUUCCAUACAAGUCCCGGGAUCUAAUGGUCUCUAUAGCACAAAGCUUCCUUGAAAAUCUGUUACUUUGUUAGUAUUACCCUUUGUUUUCGGUUUGUUUGAAGAUAAUAAAAAUUUUGGCUUAUAAAUUUUUAUAUUUUGAGAGCAUCCAACAUCUGAGUUAGGUCCAUUGUUGUUUGUUCACGAAAUGGUUAUUCUCUUUGGGUGAUUGAUGAUGUAAGACCUGGUAUAGAAGGUACAUGGGAAACUCCUAUUGAACAAUAUAUCACAAGAGUCAAGAAUAGUAUACUGUGCUAAAAUCGACAGAAAUGAGAAAAUGUUGAGGAAAAAAAAAAGAAAGAAAAUCAAGAUUUCCUUUUUCUC